UAUCACUUCGUUAUUUUAGAUAUAUUCCUGUGUUAUAGCUUUGGAAGCAACUGCGAGAGUGAGAGUGAGAGUGAGAGUGAGGGUGAGAGAGAGAGAGAGCAAACGGAAUCGGUGUGGUGUCUCUGCGGCAUAGAAUCAUCGACGGUGGCGCAAUGGCGGCACUGGAAGCACCCUUCUCUAUCUUCUCCUCUUACCCUCCAUCUUUUUCGAAAUUCCCAUAUUCCCCAAAUCCUUCACAGUCCAUAAGGCUCCACAUUUCCACUUCUACCCCUACUCUUUUCCUCAAAUUCCAUCGUUAUCCCCUUCUCCCCCUUCUCUCUAUCAACCCAACCCCAAAAUCAACAAGCUUUGAAGUAAGCUGCUCAGCAGUGCAAGAGAUUGCAGUUGAUGAAAACCCAGACCCACAAACCCAACAACAGAAUCAGAAUCAGAGGAGAAAGCUGUUUGUGCUCAAUUUGCCCUGGUCUUUCUCUGUUGAUGAUAUCAAGAUCUUCUUUGCUGAAUGUGGAACUGUCUCAGAUGUUGAGAUUAUAAAGCAUAAGGAUGGGAAGAACAGAGGCUUUGCAUUCGUGACAAUGGGUUCUGGAGAAGAAGCUCAGGCAGUUAUAGAUAAGUUUGAUUCCCAUGAAUUAUUGGGUAGGAUUCUUAAGGUUGAGUUUGCAAAGAGAUUCAAGAAACCAUCACGUCCUCCUCCUCUUGUGGCUCCCCCAGCUGGAGAGACACGCCAUAAGCUAUAUGUGUCCAAUCUUGCAUGGAAAGUGAGGUCCAAUCAUCUCAGAGAAUUUUUUGCUGCCAAUUUUAAUCCAGUUUCGGCUAGAGUGGUAUUUGAUAGCCCCUCAGGAAAAUCUGGUGGGUAUGGAUUUGUCUCAUUUGCCACGAAGGAGGAAGCAGAUGCUGCAAUUUCAGCUUUGGAUGAGAAGGAAUUAAUGGGCCGGGCAGUUCGUUUGAAAUUCAGUCUAAAGAGUAUUGAGGAAUCUGCAGAUGAAAAGAAAGACAAUGACGUUUUUGAGGAAUCUGCAGAUGAAGAGGAAGAGGAAAAAAUUCCCAAGGAAUCUGUGCAGUCGUGAUUGAUACAAAUUCUUUAAUUCUAUUGAUGCGUGGUUUUCAGAUCAGGAACCCAAAAUUUUCGCCUCUCCAGCGCGCACACAUAAAGUGAUGAAAGACACUCUGGUCUCCACAUUUUUGCUUUGAUUUGCUUUCUUUGUGAGUACUUCAAACUAACAGUUACUUUUGUCUAAUGUAUUAAAACUUCAUGUUUGUUGUGAAUUUUAGAGAUGUAACACUGAACAACAUAUUGUAAAUUGUGAUUGCUUUGACAAACGAUAUUUUUACAGCAUUUCAAAUUCA